AUGCUGAAGCAAUGGCUCAAUCUGCAUAAUCAACGUUCCGUCUUUGCCCUGAUUCUGGGCGUUUGCCUCGGGCUGUUUUUGGGGACCUUUUUGAGUGUGGAUGAGCAGAGGGAUGUGGAUCAAUAUAUCGCUUUAAAUUCGUUGAAAACUACGGACAAUUUGCGCAAUAUUUAUGUAAAAUGUGUGGUCAUUGUGCAACCCUCCAAUCCGAAGCCGCACAAAUUUGUGGGCUCGAUUAUUGAGACGUAUGGCGCCAGAUGUAAUCGGACCAUCAUCUUUAGCAACAGCAAUAAACUUCAACGUCAACUUGGAGGUAGGAAGAGUGACGUUACCCGCUUUAUCAUGGCCAUAAACUUUUUAAAUCAUCUCGCAAAAACCAUCGUCAAAUAUACAUACAUGUACAUAGUAAUCUUUCAGAUUACGCCGACGUUUUUACAAUCGACAGUUCCUAUGGUUGGACAUCAUUUUCGAUCUUCCAUCGAGUCGCUGAAUUCAUUCACAAAGAAAAGACUACAGUAAAAGCUGAUGCAAUCGUGUGGACGGUCUUCUUAAACGAGCAGAAUUACAUUAUCCCCGAGAAUCUGAGAUUAGUGGCCGCUGGGUACACCAAGGAACAAGCAGUUAUCCUGGGGAAACUCCAAGAUUAUAGGUCAGCUGAUUUUUUUACUGUAGAUGUUAGAACUCAUACUUUAUAUAACUAAUGCAUUUUCUGAUUUUUCAGAUCUCCCUUCUCAUAUUUCUUCCCCUUUUUCGAUAAUCACGGGUUUGCUUUGGAUGCCGGCCUGGCCAUGUCAUCCAAUGCCUUAGGGCUUGUUGCUGAUUACAGUUGUAAGCCCGGUUGGUUGAGUCCCUUCUACUCCGGGAAAGGGCUUUUACAAUGCGCCAAAACCAAAGGAAUCUUGGUUGUGGAUCCUGUUGAUGAGGUAGGUCUAUUAGCUCGUACAUAUAUAUUAUACAUACGUACAAUAAAAGACAUGGCAAGAAUUCGGUAUUAAAUGUAUUAAUGUUACUAUGUUUAAAUCGCUUUUGUAGGAAGGAUACCACUUGUUUGUCGAGGAAAAUCUGCGGAAUCUCUUUUCGACCGGUCAAUUUACAAAGAAAGAAAAGUCGUUUGAGGUAAUUUCUCGCAAUUUUUUACUUCUUUAUGACUGUAAUUGGCAUUGUAUGAAUACAGUGUUAAAAAAAUUCGUGACUUUAUUUUGGUUUCAGGACGCCGGAAGCAAAGCCAAUUGCUGUAGCGAUCGGUUAAUUUCGGUGGGACGUGUGGCUCAUCGUGAUCUCCGGGUAAUGGAAUACUUUGCAUAUCAUGUGAAAGUGGUUGGGUGA